UUGACACACAUUACCCUCAGCGCUGCGCGGCGAGACCCGUAUGUCAGCCCCCUCGCGCCUCCCGCGCUUCCACAACCAUUUCCCGCCAAUGAUCAGGAGGUGUCCGCAACGGCGCUUCCUCACCUCACACCCCCGUCAGCCACACGCAGCGCGACACACACACACACACACACACACACACACCGGGAGGAGCCGUCUACCCUCCGUCACCCAUACCCGCCCCUGAGGACGGUGCGUCGUUGGCGGCGUCAAUAUUAUUUAUUAUUCCCGUUAGUCUCGGUAUUUAGCGCCGCAGCUGCUCACGGUGAUCGUUAAAACGGACGCGUCUCGUUGUUUUGAGGCGCGUGUUUUUGUCUUGUAACGGGGAUUAUUGACGCGGCAUCAGCGCGCGGUGAUGCUCUCCGUUAAAGGAUCGUGAAGCGUCGCGAGUCUAAAGGACCAGUGCCGUGGAUGGUUGGGUGUUAGUGUGUGUUUGUUUUGCUCUGAUGGCGAACAUGAGCAGUAGUGUGUGCAUGGAAACCCCACACGCUCAUGGCCACGCCCACGGCCACACCCACAACUACAACCCCACCCCUGGGCGGGACUUUCCUCUACAGAUCGACUCGUGCGUGAACCCCGUGUUGGACUACAGCACACAGAUGGAGCGCUACCGCUCUUUUGCCACCUUCUAUAAGAACAGCACGGCCACCGCGGCCCCAUUUCCCCAGACCGCCAAAAUUACGCGAAUUGCCACGCCCCUUUUCCCCUCGGCACGCCUAUCGGCGAUGCCGCCCUGGCCCUGCGACAACGCCAUGCUAUGGGGACGAAAGCCUUCUGCGGUUAACGUUAACGGACCUCACACACAUCGGACUGGCAUGUCGAGGGCGGAGCCUGUGAACAUGCAUAUGUCUGGCAAACACAUUCCACAAGACUCCGCCCUCUCGAUGGGCGCUGACAACUUCCUGUCACCACUAGCGGCGGAGCAAUGCCGCGGUCUUCCCGUAACGGGGGCCGAUUGCAUGAACCGACUGAAGUGUCCGCCGUCUGUGCCGCCCGGAGAGGCGGACCGAGGUGGUACGUUCGGAGGGAUGCCCCCAUUAGGGGGUCUGUCGCUGCCACCAGGGGUCAUUGUCAUGACAACGCUUCACUCCGGUGCAGGGUCGUCAGGGGUCACGAUGUCAGACAGCGCAUUUCAAAUCGCCAACGCGGCGGCGGACUGCCAGCACAGCGGCUCAUCCUGCUCUGGUUCGCCCGCCGGCCUUAACGGAAACACCAACGGCAGCUGCAGCAGCGCUAGCAGCAACGGUAGCGGAGCGGCUAAGCGCAAGCGUAAGCGCUGCGGCGUGUGCGCCCCCUGCAGGAGGCUCAUUAACUGCGGCGUGUGCAGCUCCUGUCGAAACAGAAAGACGGGUCAUCAGAUCUGCAAGUUCAGAAAGUGCGAAGAACUCAAGAAGAAACCCGGCAGCACGAUGGAGAGAGCGCCGUCAGUAGGAGCCGCUGACACCUUCCGCUGGUUCUUCUGAAGAACCCGCCACGAUCCACAUCAUACAACCAAACUCAAACACUAGAAGAACUGCAGGUCAUACCCAAGAUCUACCCUUCCCCUCAGGACUCACUGUGGCCCGUUUAGCACUGGGGGGUCAGGUGCACAUGCCCCGUCAGAGAGACAUCGAGGGCAAGUCUCUGGGUCUCAGACUGACCUCACCUCAAGCAAACACCAACACACGUAGAGAACCAGGGACUUGAGUUCAGUCAUAUCAGGACCCCAUCCGAGUCUAAAGGAACUGUUCGAAUAUAUGGUCGUCAUUUACUCCCCCUCAUGCCGUUCCAAUCACUUGCUUGCUUCUGCGGAAGACAAAGGAAGGUUAUUUGAAGAGCGUGCAUUGAAGCGAACUCUAAAAUGACAAAACAAACAGCAUAAAUGCAUCGUAAAAGGAGUCCAUGAGAAUAAUGCAAUACAUUACAGAUUCUCUGAAGUCCGUUUUGUGUUGAGGAAAGACAUGUUUAGUCAUAAACAUCCAUUUGACUUGAAAGGGACAACCAGGAUAUUCUUUCAAAAUUCACAUUGUUCCACAGAAGAAAGGAAGUCCAUACGAUUAAUGCACUAUAUUAUAAGUUCUCUGAAGUCAGUUUUGUGUUGGGAAAAGUCACAAGAACCAUCAGGCUUCCCAGUUUAUCCGAUCAACCAGGAUAUUAUUUUAAAAAUCCACCUUGUUCCACAAAAGUAAGUCAUAGGUUUAGGUUUAUAAAAGCAGUCCAUACGAUUAAUGCACUAUAUUAUGGGUUCUCUGAAUUAGGUUUUGUGAAAAGACCGACACAUUGUCACUUUCAAAAUAUUUAGUCACAUUUGACAUCUUUUAUUAGAUUUGGAAGGAACAACCAGGAUAUUCGGUCGUUCCACCGAAGAAAGCAAGUCAUACUGGUGUGAGGCGAGUAAAUGGCGACAGAAGGUUCGUCUCCGAGCGAACAGUUCCUUAAAGCCACCUUUCUGUUGCAUGGGUAGAAAAGUGUUUUGUUUCUAACUGAAGACUUUAAGAAGAUCUCUUUGUUUAUUGCUGUUGUGACGCCUCACUGUCUUGAUGAGUAAGAGACUCUUAGGAUGGCUUGUUGAAUAAAUGUGAUCCUUUUGAACUGUGA